AAGCUCUCCUAGUGGGUUUCAUGGUUCAGUGGGGAUUCGAAUCCUGGUCCUAGUCCCACGCUCAAACCACUGCGCCAUGCUGGCUCUAGCUGGCCAUGUGGUGCAGGCAGACAAAGCAUUUUAAAGCCCAGGAAUUUAAAGAGGAGCAAAAUGGAAGGGCCAGGCCAAUCCAGAGGAUGCUUAGACCUUCGCCCCUGGAAAUGGGCAUCUUAACAGGUAAGUACCAAGGUUCCUCUUUAAAGUCCAGGAUGCUUAAAUUCUUUUGACAAAACAAAAGAGCGAGGCUGGUGCAGGGGUUGGAGUGUUGGACCACGACUCUGGAGACCUGGGUUCGAUUCCCAGCUCGGCCGUGGAAAUCCACUGGGUGACUUUGGGCAAGUCACAUUCUCUCAGCCUCAGGGGAAGGCAAUGGCAACACUCCUUGGAACAAAUCUUGCCAUGAAAACACUGGGAUAGGGUCGCCAUGUCGGAAAACACCUUGAAGGCACAGAACAACAACAACAACAGCAAAACAAAAGGUGCUUCCUAUGAGAUCCAGGAUGUCUCAGCCCUGUUGGUCUUCUAGCUCCAAAGUCCAGAGCUGUGUUUAAUUUGACAUCUGAGUGGUUGGACUCCAAAGCUCCUGAGUGAGAGUUGGUGCUGACAGCUGAAUCACUGAUCUAAGUGUAGUGAAAAAAGACUAACCACUGAGAGCACCAUGUCAAGCGGCAGGGCCCGGACAAAGAAAAAAACACCGCCAGUGGACCAGUCUGUUGAUAAUCUUCCUCUGAGAAGUUCAGGAAGACAGGUAAGGAGAAAAGCUGCAGAAUCACCUGACGAUGAUGAAGAUACAUCAGAGAAGAAGUAUCGGAAGUGUGAAAAAGCAGGAUGCACUGCAACAUGCCCAGUUUGCUUUGCCAGUGCUGCUGAAAGGUGUGCUAAAAAUGGAUAUACAUCAAGAUGGUAUCAUCUUUCCUGUGGGGAGCACUUCUGUAAUGAGUGUUUUGAUCAUUACUACAGAAGUCAUAAGGAUGGCUAUGAGAAAUACACUGCCUGGAAAAGAAUUUGGACUAGUAAUGGAAAAAGUGAACCCAGCCCUAAAGCUUUUAUGGCUGACCAACAACUCCCUUACUGGGUUCAGUGUACAAAGCCAGAGUGUGGAAAAUGGCGUCAGUUGACAAAGGAAAUCCAGCUUACCUCACAGAUAGCCCAAACAUACCGAUGUGGCACGAAACUGAACAAUUCCACCAAGGUAGAAGGCUCAGACCAGUGCGCCAUGCCUGAGGAUCUGAGAGUUGCUGAAGUUUCAGAUCACUGGUGGUAUUCUAUGCUUAUUCUCCCACCUUUGCUGAAGGACAGUGUGGCUGCUCCGUUGCUCUCUGCAUACUACCCAGACUGUGUGGGCAUGAGUCCUUCUUGUACAAGUACUCACCGUUUGAUUGGUGAAUCUAAUGCAGUUAAAAUGGAGCAUUUUAAGACUCCACCUACUAUAGCUGGAAUGAACAAAUACUUCCAGCCUUUCUAUCAGCCAAAUGAAUGUGGCAAAGCCCUGUGUGUAAGGCCAGAUGUAAUGGAGCUGGAUGAACUCUAUGAGUUUCCAGAAUAUUCACGGGACCCUACAAUGUACCUCGCAUUGAGAAAUCUCAUUCUGGCUCUGUGGUACACAAACUGCAAAGAACCUUUAACUCCUCAGAAAUGUACCCAUCACAUCAUUGUUCGAGGCCUCGUGCGCAUUCGCUGUGUGAAAGAGACAGAGCGAAUCCUUCAUUUUAUGACCAGGAAGGGACUGAUUAAUACAGGGAUUUUGGCAGUCAGUCCAGACCAGCCUCUUCUUCCCAAAGACUACCGCAAUAAAUCUGUAAUUGUGGUUGGAGCUGGUCCAGCAGGAUUAGCAGCUGCAAGGCAACUUCAGAACUUUGGCAUUAAGGUCCUCAUACUUGAAGCGAAGGACAGAAUUGGAGGGCGAGCAUGGGAUGAUAAGACUUUCAAGGGAAUCACUGUGGGAAAAGGACCACAGAUUGUUAAUGGCUGUGUCAACAAUCCAGUGGCUCUAAUGUGUGAGCAAAUGGGCAUUAAAAUGCACAAAAUUGGAGAAAAGUGUGACCUGAUCCAGGAAGGAGGAAGGAUAACUGAUCCUACUAUAGAUAAGCGGAUGGACUUCCAUUUCAAUUCUAUUCUUGAUGUUGUAGCUGAUUGGAGAAAAGAUAAAAACCAGCAUCAGGAUAUUCCUCUUGGAGAUAAAAUCCAAGAGAUCUAUAAAGUUUUUAUUCAGGAAUCUGGUAUCCAGUUCAGUGAACUAGAGGAAAAGGUCCUUCAGUUCCACAUCAGUAAUCUUGAAUAUGCCUGUGGCAGCAACCUCCAUGAGGUUUCAGCACGUUCUUGGGAUCACAAUGAAUUUUUUGCUCAAUUUGCUGGUGAUCACACACUCUUAAGCUCAGGAUACUCUGUCAUCAUUGAAAAAAUGUCUGAAGGCUUGGACAUUCGGUUAAAAGUUCCAGUUCGCACUAUCGACUAUUCAGGGGAACAGGUACAGGUAACUGCAACAGAUGGAACUUCAUGGACAGCCCAGAAGGUUUUAGUUGCUGUACCUCUGGCUAUUCUUCAAAAAGGUGCCAUCCAGUUUAAUCCAGCCUUGUCAGAGAGAAAAAUGAAAGCUAUCAAUAGCUUAGGAGCAGGAGUCAUUGAAAAGAUUGCAUUACAGUUUCCUUACCGAUUCUGGGACAGCAAGAUUCAAGGAGCUGAUUACUUUGGCCAUGUUCCACCUAGUUCCAGCAAACGUGGACUCUUCAGUGUUUUCUAUGACAUGGAUCCACAGCGUAAAUGUAGCGUUCUGAUGUCUGUAAUUACUGGUGAUGCUGUGGCAACUAUUAAGAACUUAGAUGAUAAACAAGUCCUGCAGCAAUGCAUGACUGUACUCCGUGAGCUUUUUAAGGAACAGGAGGUGCCUGACCCAGUCAAGUACUUUGUUACACGGUGGAGCAAAGACCCUUGGAUCCAAAUGGCAUAUAGUUUUGUAAAGACAGGGGGGAGUGGUGAAGCUUAUGAUAUCCUUGCUGAAGACAUACAAGGAACAAUCUUCUUUGCUGGCGAGGCCACCAACAGACAUUUUCCACAGACUGUUACUGGAGCUUACUUGAGUGGUGUUCGGGAAGCAAGCAAAAUAGCCGCAUUCUGAGUACUAAACUACUGUUUACAGAUUUUUAUUUUUACAACUUUCUACUAUUCAGAUCCAAAUUUCAGGGCAACUUUCCAUGAUGCAAGUGGUGCUUAAAUCUUUGCUACCUAGAGACAAUCUUGCCAUCCCUUCUGUGGGGAGUUGUUGUUCCCCCCCUUUAUCCUUUGACUUUCGAGAGGACAGUGAUGUUUAAAGUUUUACCAGUGCAGCAUCCUAAAGUAGCAAGUACUUCUCCAAAGUGCUGGCAAACCAUGUUCAGCCCUAGAAUUUUCUUUUGCGAUCCAUUUGAGGUACUUAUUCUAUACUAUGAAAGACUGGAAUACUGAAUACUGAAAAGUUGUAUUUGUGAAUAGCCCCUGUAUAAUCAGGGGUAUACUGAUAGGAAUCAUGUGGGUGUCUCGGAUCAUGCUUGGAAAAAGAUGUGUUCUUUUUAAACUAAGCUGCUGAACAAGCUGAAAGAUAGUCAUAGGGCUUUUUAAUAGUGUCCAGUUACUUUUACACUUAUAAAACCAUCUUUUUGGGAACGUUCCUUUUUAAUUCACCCACAGAAACAUCAUAAAACUAUUUCUUGUGGAUAUACUCGGAUGUUUAGUAUCUAUUGAACAUCUAAACGGAUUAGUAAAAAUGUUAAAUUUGAGGCUUAUUCCUUUUUGCGCAGUGAAAUUUCUAAAUCAUAGGAGCCAACAAAGUGGAAUCAUUUAUAUGUGUAUAAUUGCUAAAGCGUGGUGAAGCAAUUGAGAAAGAUAUUGAGCUUUUUUAAAAACUGAAAAACAAGGUCACUAGAUUACUUUUUAUGAAAGAUUAAAAUGAUGUAGCAUCAUCCAGACACAGUUAACUGCUUUUAAUGACAGAAAUAAAUGCAUACAACUCUCCUAUUGAAAUUAAUGGGGCUUCAAAGUACAUCACAGUGGCAGAUUGGACUCUGAGUUGUAUAAACUAAGUUUCUGGUCAUAAAAUUAGUGGAAGGAAAGCCAUUUUGUAUUCAAAUGAAGCAGUAUGCUAAAUUAUUGAAAGAUUAUAUGGUUGAAGAUAUUCAUGAUCUUAUGUCACGUUACUUUUGCAGUGUUCUGAAAAAUAAUUAGAAUGGAAACGUGGGCAGGCGUUUUGCUGUUGGUUUCCAAAGAAUCCCUCAGAAAAUCUGUAACUUGAAAACUGUUGCUCAUUUUUUAUGGUUUCCUGUGAGAAUAUGAAUAGGUAAAAUUUUUGAAAUACAUAAAGCCCUACAUAGUGUAGGAGAGGACAGUUUGAAAAGUGGCUUCCUGUUAAGAAACCCUCCAAGUUAUUUUUAAGCUGAACUGCUGAUAUUUACAUAAAUGUUUGAUAGAUGGAGUGUAAUCAUGAGAACUAUUAGUAAGAAAUGUAAAAUGUGAAAAUGGAGGUGCACAUUUUCCUACAUUUCUUGUCGAAUUGGUCAAAUGAGAAAACAAUGAGAACACUUGCUUAAGACAGGCUUACUGAUCCAUAUUGAAAAAUAUUCUCUGUGGUAUUGAGUAAUCCUGCUGUAGGUUGGAGAGCAAAUAAAAAUAUCAAACAACAAAUUGAGAUGUCCACUAGAAAUCAAGGUUUGCACUUGAUGUUGCACUUGAGCGGAGAUUCUGUAGGCAUGAGUAAGCAUUUUCUAGUAAUUACUGUUGAGACAAAAUUGAGUCAUACUGUGAAACUAUUUACAUUAUAAAUACCUUUAAAUCACUGCAUUGUAAACAUGCUUAAACUACAAAAUUUCCUAUUUUUCAUUUAUUUAAGAUGUCUAAAAUGCCAUUCAGGAAGUCAACGGGUUCACUUUUAAUAGUUGAUCCCAAAGUUUGGUUUUUUUAAAGCUUCUGAAACUAAUGUUUAAGCAUGCUCAUUUUGUAUUCUGUAUAUACAAAUUAUGCCUUAUAAAUCUAAGAAAACAUUUUUAAAGGCAAUCUUUUUGCUGUGGAACAUGGUUGUAAGAUGACUUAAACACAAUGCAAUAAAAACUGGAAAUAGUU